AUGAACUUUCCAAGGCACGACAUGCCAGGCAUGGAUAUGGGCGACGACUCAUCCGGCUCAUCGUCGUCGUCGCACGGGUCAAGCAUGAUGACCAUGGUCUUCCAAACCGAAACUCGCACGCCGCUGUACGCCAACUCGUGGACACCAAAUAAUGCAGGGUCCUAUGCAGGAACAUGUAUUUUCCUGGCUGUUCUUGCUAUCAUUGCGCGGGCCCUCGUCGCAUUCAAAGCUGUCCAAGAAGCUCGCUGGCUUGAUCGCGAAGCUGCACGCCGUUACGUGGCGGUCAAUGGCAAGAUCCCCUUGGCGGAGCAGAUAGCUUCUAGCCCCGACGCGCGCCGCAUGACCCUCUCGGAAAACGGUCUCGAAGAAACCGUCGUAGUUGUGGAAAGGAAACGAGCAGCGACGAGACCGUGGAGGUUCAGUGUUGACCCGGUUCGGGCAUGUCUCGAUACCAUGAUCGUCGGGAUUGGAUAUCUUCUCAUGUUGGCCGUCAUGACGAUGAAUGUCGGCUACUUCCUCUCCGUCCUGGCUGGUGUCUUUGUUGGCAGCCUAGCCGUCGGUCGAUACAUACCAACAGUCGAGCAUUAG